ACGCUGUCCGGAAGCCUAAUGUAAAUAUUUUUGUGACGUUUCAACUCCCGGAUCAUUCACAUCCACCCAUUAAGAAGAAUAUCAGUCCCUCCAGCUCAUGUCGGCUCCGCUGUGUGUCCUCUCCUGUCAGUCUGUGUCGAAUAAUCAGACUGUGCCUGUCUGAUACCAGAGCUCCUUUCCUGCGGGUUUCCAUCCUUACCGCUCGUGUGUUUGUACACCAGCUGGUUUCUUGUGUGCAACAUGCAGAAGAGAAGGAAGCCAGAGCCGAUCCAACUCAACCCGAUCCCCGAUGGAAACACUAUCAACGGCUCCGGAGCCACAGAAACAAACUUGGAGGCGCUGCAGAAGAAACUAGAGGAGCUUGAGUUGGACGAGCAGCAGCGGAAACGCCUGGAGGCCUUUCUGACGCAGAAGCAGAAGGUGGGGGAGCUGAAGGAUGAUGACUUUGAGAAGAUCUGUGAGCUGGGUGCAGGCAACGGAGGGGUUGUCUUCAAGGUCUCCCACAAACCAUCUGGUCUGAUUAUGGCAAGGAAGCUGAUCCACCUGGAGAUCAAACCAGCCAUUAGGAAUCAGAUAAUUCGGGAGCUGCAGGUGCUACAUGAGUGUAACUCCCCCUACAUUGUAGGCUUCUAUGGAGCUUUUUACAGUGAUGGAGAAAUCAGCAUCUGCAUGGAGCAUAUGGACGGCGGCUCCCUGGACCAGUCGCUGAAGAAAGCAGGCAAGAUCCCAGAGCAGAUCCUUGGCAAAGUCAGCAUCGCUGUGAUUAAAGGGCUCUCCUACCUGAGGGAGAAACACAAGAUCAUGCACAGAGAUGUCAAGCCCUCUAACAUCCUAGUGAACUCCCGCUGUGAGAUCAAGCUGUGUGACUUUGGAGUGAGUGGACAGCUCAUAGAUUCCAUGGCCAACUCCUUUGUGGGCACCCGGUCUUACAUGUCUCCAGAGCGUCUGCAGGGCACUCAUUACUCUGUUCAGUCAGACAUCUGGAGUAUGGGUCUGUCAUUGGUUGAAAUGGCCAUUGGACGUUUCCCUAUCCCACCGCCUGAUGCUAAAGAGCUGGAACAGAUUUUUGGGUUCCCAGUGGAAGGGGAUGCAGCCUCCUGUGAGUCCUCUCCCAAACCACGACCCCCUGGACGACCAGGCAGCUCAUACGGGCCUGACAGCAGACCACCGAUGGCUAUAUUUGAGCUGCUUGAUUACAUAGUCAAUGAGCCCCCACCAAAGCUACCAGGGAUAUUUGGCGCUGAAUUUCAAGACUUUGUGAAUAAAUGUUUGAUCAAGAAUCCUGCAGAGAGAGCAGACCUGAAACAGCUGAUGGUUCACCCCUUUAUCAAGCAGUCUGAGGCAGAGCAGGUUGACUUUGCUGGCUGGUUGUGCAGUACCAUUGGCCUCAAUCAGCCUGGGACGCCCACCCACGGGACAGCAAUGUGAGACCUGUUCUGUCUCCAGCAACCCCCAAAGUCCUGUAAUGACUGGAUUUGUAUUAGGGGUAAAUGUAUGUUUAUACUGAGUAUUAAAUGAGUUUUAAAGUUGUGCAAUCAAUAGUUGUAUAUUCAGUGUAUACACUUACAUGCCAAGUGAAAUUAACGGUCUUGAACAGUUUUUAAGACUACAUUGCAGGCCUACCUGAAAAGCCAUCUUUUUUUUCUAAUAAUUAAAUUAUUUAAUCAUGACAAA